AUGCCAUUUAUUCCGCUUCGUCCAUCGUCUCGCGCCCCUUUUCUCGCCUGUCUGCCUUCUCGUCGCUCGCCCUUCAACUCCGCGCGUGUUCAUCGUCUCCAUUUAACGGUUCCGAUUCAACGACAGGCGCAUCUGUCGUUUCGCUCAUCCCUUGGUUCCAUCUGUCUCGUCUUCCGUCUCCCGCGCGCGAUUUUGUGCGACGAGUCGUCAUCGUCCGCGAAUCUGCAUCGGCCCUUCCUCUUCCACACCUUUUGA